GUGGUCGUUUCCUCAUAAUAUUUACUGUAAUGCACGUUCAUAAAUUGUAGUAUAGUAAUGUAGUGUUCUACAGCUUGUCAGUCCCCGCUUUUUACUUAGUUAAAGUUCGCCAUUAAUGUUGUUACGUUAAUUGUUAAAUAUACUGGACAAAGUUAUGAUUAUACAGUAACUGCCGUUGUGUAACUAAACUAUACCUUUAACCAUAUGACCAAAACUCGUAUUAUUUGAUCAAUUAUGAUGCCUUUAGUCAAUUGAGAAUUGACAAAUGGAUUUCCACAAAUGGGAAAUAGCUAGUCUUACGUAAAUGGAGCUUCGGCGACAGGUGCUAAAUUCAAGUUAUACAUGUAAGAGGAAACUAACAUUUCUGCUUGAUAAAAUUUGCUAGGAGGCAUGAAUUACGCUCGGUUUCUGACAGCUGUCAGUGCGGCCAGAAAGCCUUCUCCUAUCAGGAUGCUGACUGAGCUGCAGCAGCGGUCGCCACCAUCUCAGAUCUCUCUGGCCGGCGGGGCACCCAACCCCAACACCUUCCCCUUCCAGUCCGCAUCCAUCCAAGUGAAAAAUGGUCAAACAGUCACCUUCGACGAUGCGAUGAUGAAGAGGGCCUUACAAUAUUCUGCCUCUAAUGGAAUCCCAGAGUUGCUGACGUGGAUGAAGAACCUACAGAAGAGCCUCCACAAACCGCCGACUGCCAGCUACAGCCCAGAGAAAGGCCAGAUGGACAUGUGUGUGACAACGGGGAGCCAGGAGGGGCUCUGUAAGGUGUUUGAGAUGCUGGUUAACCCUGGAGACAACGUCCUCCUGGACGCACCCACAUAUUCUGGGAUGCUCGCAGCUCUCCAGCCUCUUGGUUGCAACUUAAUAAAUGUCCCCAGCGAUCAGCAUGGCAUGGUCCCUGGAGCCCUGAAAGAGGUUCUGUCUCGUUGGGACCCAACAGAUGUCCACAAACCCGGCAGCACUGCCCCAAAGAUCCUUUACACCAUCCCCAAUGGAGGAAAUCCCACUGGUGCCUCCAUGACAGCUGAGCGGAAGAAAGACGUGUACGAGCUGGCCCGACAGUAUGAUAUGCUCAUCAUUGAAGACGACCCGUACUACUUCCUGCAGUUUGAUAAGCCGUGGGCUCCAUCAUUCCUCUCUAUGGAUGUUGAUGGGAGGAUCAUCAGGACAGACUCCUUCUCUAAGAUCCUGUCUUCAGGGCUGAGGAUAGGUUUCGUCACUGGUCCCAAACCGCUGGUAGACAGGAUAGUGCUGCACAUCCAGGCAUCAACGAUGCACACUAGCACCUUCACACAACUCAUGGUGUCUCAGUUGCUGCACAGCUGGGGUCAAGAUGGCUUCCUCCAGCACAUAGACAGGGUGAUUGAGUUUUACAGGAAACAGCGUGAUGCAAUGAUCAGUUCUGCAAACAAGUGGCUUAAAGAUGUGGCAGAGUGGCACACCCCAUCAGCAGGAAUGUUCCUGUGGAUGAAGCUAAAGGGCAUAGCCGAUACCCAGCAGCUCAUCAUGGAGAAAGCAUUGGAGAAAGAGGUGCUGCUGGUUCCCGGAGGCGUCUUCAUGAUCAACAGUAGUGAGCCAUGCCCUUACGUCAGAGCUGCAUUUUCACUCUCCACACCAGAGCAGAUCGACGAGGCUUUCAGAAGACUCUCUUUGCUCAUCAAAGACGCUUUGUGAUGAGAGCGUUAUUCCUCCUGCUUGAUGCUGCUUUUUUUUUUUUUUUUACUUAUUCUUAAAGGUAUUUGUGAAGCUUUGAUUUUAACGGUGCUACCCCAGAGUGCAUCCUCACAAAAGUUAAGAGAAGACAUCUCUAGUUUUUAAUCAGAUUCACAUUUGGAUAUGUGUCCAUUCAACACGACAAUGUUUGAGAUUUUCUUUAGCUGCUCGAUAAAAUUGUUUUUAGCUUGUUAAUGUACAAAAAAAGUAAAUAAGAACUUUUUAACCAAUGUGUAUUUUGUCAUUUUGACUGUGUUUGAUUUUUCUGUAAUAAUCAGUGUGGUGUUAAAGGAUCAGCGAAAUAAAACUAAGUUGUGUAAAAAAAACGUCAGAUCCAAAUCAUGUGUGACAACAUUAACCCACUUUGUAAAUGGUUCAAAACCUAAUAAUUCCAGCUAGCACCUGGAUAUUAAGGGCAGUAUGUAAAAGUUUUAGCUCCACGUUCAUGACUGCAUCACAAGUAUUUAUAGGCAUUGAUGGGAACAUAAAACCUGGGUGCACAAUCUAAGUUUCACUGUGGGUGCUGAACUCAGGGCUACAAGAGUGGAAACAUUUCACUUCUUUUCCAGCAGAAACACGUUUAAUUAAGUUCACUUAAACUUUAUUUGUAAAGCACUAUUUUGCAACAGUCAUCUCAGGAAACUUUUAAAGAUUCAGUGCAAUUCAAUUGAAUUUAUUGUAGUUCAGUUAUGAUUCAAAUAAAACAAAUAAUAUGAUCCGUGUAAGUCCAUAACUGUGUUCAUAACUGUGUUCAUAUCAGCCAUUUAAAAAAAAAUCAUUACCUAGCCAAGGACACCUCGGAUGGCAUCAGAUCUUCAGCAUUCACAGGAUUGCAAGUUACUGGGGACAGAACAAAACUCCCUUUUAACAGAACGGAAAACCUCCAGCAGAGCCAGACAGGAAGGAUGGCUGUCUGUCUCCACUAAUUGGGUCAAGGUUGGGUUUACUGACCUUAACUUUUCACACUGAUCAUAACAAGAAAUAGAGAAAUAGAGACAUUUAAAUCUAGAUGAGUCAGAUGGAAGCUCACUCUCGUUACCUCUGUGUGCUGCUGACAUCCACAUUGUGUAAAAACAGCAUCAGCAUAGUUCUUCUCACUUCAGGGUGAUUUCUAAACCCAUAAAGCUAAAAUUUGUAAUGCAUAUUCUGGGCAUCUCAGCAUUUUGGCAUGAUUAUAUCUUCGACUGCAGACACUGGCACAUCUUGUCUGAAUAGCCUGAGCAAACCAGAUUAUUUCUACUGCUGAAUGAUUCAGCUCGACUUCUCACUGAAACUAAGCUGUUUCCUGUUUGAGUAUUUAUAGAUCUGUGCAGAUAUACUAGCUGGUGUCAAUGUUGCUUUGCAGUCAGGCUGACAAAACCAGUGGGCAGCAGGAUUUGCAUCCACAUUGACUAGAUUUGUUUCAGCUACUUUACACAGCAGAUACUGGACUUAACUUCAGUUUCAUGAGUAAGUGCUGACAAAAUGGAAGUUGUUGUAUGAGAGUAGAUUGUUUCUACAAUGAUUAAACUGUCUAUACAUGGAAAAGAUUAUGAAUGACAGGUCAUUUCACCAUAUUAAACUCUUAACACAUUGAUCUGACAGAUGUGAUGCUCAUCUCCUCGAAAGACUAAAAACUGUUUAAACCCUGAGGGCCAAAAAAAACUGAGCCCUUAUUUCAAAUCAAAUCAAUUUAGUACAGUUUUAAAAUGAACUCAAUGGUAAUUUCUACCUGUACAAUGAUAAAGAAAUGAUAGCACUGGAAGAGUUACCAUAAAAAAAAAGUCCCAAAAAGCUCAUUUGCAUCUAUUUCUCAAAGCCUGCAUGGUUAGUAGACAGUACCUGCUGAGCAGGGUCCAUCUGUUGACUAUUUUCUUGUCCUCUGUACAGACUUUCUCUCUGCUGUGCUGAUAUGAAAGCCUCUGUGUUACUGUGUGACUGAGCUCUCAGUUUGUGUACAGCUGAAACAUUAUCUGUAAAUGUUAAUAAGGUCAAGUGAAGCAGAAAUAAAGGUUGG